AUGGCAGAAGCACCUUCUUCUUCUUCUUCUUUGCGUGAGAGCAAGGUGGUGAAGGAUCACGAGUGUGACGUGGACGCGGCACAGAAGCUUAUGCAGCUGAGCGAGGAAGAGGAGAGCAACAGCAUUGCGCGCAGCAAGAGGAGAAGAAACAAGAACGAGGAAAAGGCAGAAGAGCUAAGUGAUAUUAUAAUGGCCAAAAUACAAGAGAUUUUCGGGAAUGAUAUUGAGGUUUUUCCAACGAAGAAGCAAAGGAGAUAUCGAUCUCUUGUGAGUAUAUACAUGGUCACAAGACCGGUUAAUGCAAGGGUUAAGGCCUGA